AUGAGUAGCAGGAGACGACAACAAUCUUUCGUCAAAGAAACUAAUAGUCAUUUUAGUCAACCACAUAAUGAACUAUUAGGAUCUCCGUUCCAUUCUCAUUCAGAUCGUUCGUCAAAUUAUUCUUCUAGUCCAAAUCCUAAUGAUGUCAAAUUAAACCAUCUGCCUCGAUUAUCACUUCAUAGUCCUAGAGUAUCUAGAUUCCCCUUAUACAGAGAAGAACAAAAAGUUGAAAGAUUACCAAGUCCGACGUUGGACUUUGUGGAUACUGUAACUGAUAUCAAUAAUAACUUAUCUAAUGAAAAUUUAAGCUUGGAAGAUAAAGAAUCUCAAGAAACUCAAUAUUCAUUAUUUCUUUCUCAACCAUCCUCAUUAUCCAUCCCACCUAUUCGAAAUGUAGAUCAAGCAUCACAACUAUCGUCUCCAUCAUAUAUCUCAAAUUCAACGAACAACUCAUAUAAAUCUUCUGGUCAAACAUAUAAUGGGAAAAUUAGGACUCCACCAACAACAUAUCCAAAAACAUUUUCAUCUCCUAAUAGCUCUGAAAGAAGUAUAUCUGAUGAAAGUUAUCAUUCCAUUCAGGAAAGUUUUAAAGUAACCAACGAAAGAAUUGUCGCUGUUUCUCCAACCCAACCGCCUCGUAUGAUUGAAACUCCGUUAAAAGCUGUAGAAUUUAGUCCAGCUGAUACUAUAGUUCCUAAAGCAACUCCAGAACUUAGUCCAGGCUUUAAUUUAGCUACUAUACAAGUUCCAAAACUUAGAUCAGCUGCUCAAAUAUCUCAUAAUCAAAGUCCCCAACUUAGUUCAACUGUUAGUAUAACUCCCAAACAAGUUCCACAACUUAGUCCAGCUAUUAGUUACAGUCCUAGUCUUUCGGUAACACCAUCUUCAAACACUUCCAUAACUACACCAAAGUUUCUUCAAGAAUUGCAUCUAAGGAGAGUAUCAAAAAUAGAUUUAGAAGACUCUCAGUAUAUCUUUCAAAUUCAAAUUCAAAUGAAACUAGUCCAGUUGCAAGCAAUGAUGAUUAUUCUCCUUCAGUUAAAACAUUAUCUAGAAGAAAUUCCCUUACAUCAUUAA